GCUCGGGCCGCUGGGCGGGGGCUGGGGCCUGGGCCAGGGCCCUGGCCGGGGCGGGGGCGAAGAGCUGCGGGCGGGCAGGGCAUGGCGUCCAUGGCGGCGGCGAUUGCGGCCUCGCGCACGGCCGUCAUGAGCGCGAACCGGCCUCUGGACGACCGGGAGCGGAAGCGCUUCACCUACUUCUCGUCGCUAAGCCCCAUGGCUCGGAAGAUCAUGCAGGACAAGGAGAAGAUCCGGGAGAAGUACGGGCCCGAGUGGGCGCGGCUGCCGCCGGCUCAACAGGACGAGAUCAUCGACCGGUGUCUGGUGGGGCCGAGCGCCCCGGCGCCGGGCGACCCCGAGGAGCUCGCGCGCUUCCCCGGCUUGCGCGGGCCCACGGGCCAGAAGGUGGUGCGCUUCGGGGACGAGGACAUAACUUGGCAAGAUGAGCACUCUGCCCCUUUCUCCUGGGAAACAAGGAGUCAGAUGGAGUUCAGCAUCUCCUCCUUGUCCAUCCAAGAGCCGAGCUGCAGCACCGCUGGCGAGGCCAGGCCACCAUCCAAAGCCCCUCAGGGUUCGCAGGCCCUCCGGCCCCCGCAGGGCGGCAAGUCCUCCAGCCUGGAUGCCCUGGGUCCUGCCUGGAAGGAAGAGGAGGCGUCCUUCUGGAAGAUCAACGCAGAGCGGUCCCGCGGGGAGGGCCCUGAGGCGGAGUUCCAGUCGCUGACCCCCAGCCAGAUCAAGUCUAUGGAGAAAGGGGAGAAGGUCCUGCCGGCCUGUUACCGGCAGGAGCCGGCGCCAAAGGCCAGGGAGGCGAAGGUGGAGAAGCCCAGCAGCCUCCGCCCGGAGCAGCGGGCCGCUCCCAGCAUCAGCGCGGAGUGUGAGAGGCCCCCGCCCGCCCAGGCCUGCGCCAGCCCCCCAAGCGAAGCCGGCCCCUCUGGGCCCGUGGGAAAGACCCCCUCUCCUGAGGCCAUGGAGGCUGCAGAGGACAUGGAGGAUGCUCUCUUCCUGGAACCCGUGCCUGCACAGGUCAGCUCAAGUAAUGUCAUCUUGAAGACAGGAUUUGAUUUUCUGGACAACUGGUAAAGUGGAUUAGACAGAACAAACAAACCAAGAAUCCCCAAGUGUUUUCCAAAGUGGUGUGGUGAAGGGGGAGAUUAAACAAAAGGGCAGCAUUCCCACUCUUUCCAGAAUCAUUUGGAAGCUGGUUAAUGUUGCCUUGGCCAGCUCUCCAGAUUUUUCCCUUUUUGGUAAGACCAGAUAUCUGUGCUAUUUUCAACAAUUUGAUAACAGAAGUUUUACAUUUGGAAUUUUUAAAAACUUAGGAAUUCAGUAAAUCUUAAAAAUAAAAGCUGUGCUCUAGCUCUACCCAAUUUUCCCCCUCCUUCGAGAAAGAAUUUUCUCAACCAUGUCAUAAAAAUCAUAGAGUGAUUCCCACCUCGUCUCUGUCCCCACCCUUUUAAAAAUGCACGGGGCUCCUUUUGACGGGUGGCUGUUGAGGAUGUUCUCAGUAGUCAUGGCGCUGGGCGCCCGGUGUGACCAUGGGGAGACCUGCCUGCCCCUGAAGUCCACACCCACAGCCCCAGCUGUCCGGCUUCCGGUGUGGAAGCCACGCCUCUUCCUCUGCGGAAGCCCCGCCUCUGUAUCACGUGCCACCCUUCACUCCGCAUCACUUCCAGGAAACGGAUCAUGGGCACGUGGCAGAGGUCGUCUUUAAACUGCCUGCCAUGCUACUUACUCAGACUUCAUCUUUAACAAGUUGCAUGUUUUAAAGUUUUGUAUUAACUUUACAUGAUUUUGUAUCUAGAUUUAGCAGUUAUAGGGCUACUGCUUUUCUUGGGUUUGUACCAGUUUCCCCUUGGAAGUUCUUUGCUACUUUCCUGACCUUUUAGGUGUUUCCUGUCCUGGGCAUCUGCAGGAGUCAGGGCAGAUGACAGGCAUUGCUGGAAGGCCAGGUUCUUCUGAUUAGUUGCGUUGGAACCUUCUGGCGUGAAGCUGGCAGGGGCAGUGCAUGUCCUUCAUCCCACGGACUGGUCAAGCUGUGUCACGAUGGACCCUCCCUCAAUCCUGACCACCAACAGAAGUGCAGUCGUUUCUGCAUGGCCCCAGCGGCGCCCCCUGGAGACCUUCGUGGUCAUGGCAACAGCAUCUCCUGGACGUGGACUUGGCUGCCUGCUGUGGUCUCUGCUGCCGGGGGAGUGGGGAGGGGGGCGGGUUAGGGCAGCUCUGAGCCUACCCAGAAGGGCAAGGUGUCCUUCACCCAAGAUGGGAUGGCGUAGGGUCAGAGGAGAGCCCUGCCCAGUGACCCCGAGUGCUGUGAGCCUGUGUUCCAUGCCCUGGCGUGGUCUCCAUGUUGCCUCUCACUGUGUUCUCACCUGACGCCUUAAUCCCUGCAAAUCCUGCCAGUGAGCACCUGAUUUCAGUAUCAAAGUGUAUCUUUUUAAAAUGCCUUUCUGUUUCGUAUGACAUUCUGAAAUGAUUUCUACAAUGUUUUAUCAGGCUCCAAGGUAAAGCACAUGGCAACUGUUUUUUUUCCCAGAAAGUUUCUGCCAAAACUGUGGCCUAGCCAACUUUUGGUUUGGCUUCUGCCAAUUGCAUUAUGUCUCUAAACCUCAUUUGGCUCCUUGGGGUCUUGAGUUUGACCUUCCUCCUCUGGUGACUGACUGUACUGUGGUGAAUACAAGUUCUUUCUGCCCUGUUUAAGUAGAGUUGAAACAUUCAAGGGAAAAAGGUUCCUAGCAUGGUGACGAGGGGGAAAGAAUGCUAGAAAUCCCAGCUACAAUUGCACAGCUGGGUACCAGCCCCACAGGUCAGCCACUGAGCUUCAGAGCUGGGCUUGCCACCUGUCUCCACUUCCAGCUUUGAGCACAGUGGACUGUCUUAGAACCCAUGCUUGAAAGCAGGGUCAGCUUAAGAAAAAAAGAUGUCCAGAAGUUGCAUUUCUUAGUGUUGGCAUAUCAAGAAAGAAAGAUCUGUGUCGUGGGACAGUUAGCCAAGGUGAUCUAUCUGUUCUUAUGAGAGAGAACUCUAAUUUCUUUUCCACUUUCUCAUAAAACCCAGUAUUCCCAUCAAGUUCUCCUGGUAGCUGAGGAGAUUUGGGGAUUAUUGAAAGGUUCUGCCUCUCUUAUCAUCAUCUGGGGUCCAGUACCCAGUGAAAUUCAGGUCUCUGUAACAAUGUCUAAAGUUUCAUAAAGGUACAGCCUCCUGAGAUUAAAUGUAAAAUCACUGCUUGGGAAAUCCUAGAGGGAGUCCUGAAAUUGUAUUGCUUUGCUUUGCAAAGUAAUAAAACUUAAGAGGGAGAGGUGAUGGCCUGAACACAUGCUCAUGGGUCACCAUCCUGCCUGAACUGCAGAGUCUCCCCUUAACCCUGGGCAGUCCAUGUUAAGAUGAUGCCUUUCACCAUCCUCCUGGGAAUCUAUGUUUGGUGUGUCCAAGUAAGGGAAAAUUGAACUCACGUUUGCCACCUUUUUUUUUUUUUUUUGCCACAUAUAUCAAGAUGGCAUUUCUAAAACCAGACAUUUGUAUUAUUUUAAAUAUUCACACUUUUCAGUUGAAGCCUAAUGUGGUUUUGCAUCCUUCCUUCUUCAUCCUGGCCACUCUGUCGUCUGCCCCUGAGUUUCAGCUCAAGGAUUCAGUGUCUUGCUUUGGGUGACUGUAACAGCAAAAUCUCCACCAGGAAGUUAGAAACCAGUCUCAGUUUCUUUCACUUGGGAUCCCUCCCCACUUCUACCCUCUGGGUUUAGGGGUGUCACCUGCUUUGGGAACAGUGGGGCAUGGCACCCAGCCCCAUUGCACCCCUGUGGGUGUCAGAACAGCCUCUUCUUUGAUACACAUUUUCAAAAAUGAAAAAUUCUUACUGACUACUUGUACCUUGGUUGUAUUUUGUAUUAACAGCCUUUAAUAAAGCCAUUUAAAAUUUG